GGAGCUCCUAGGAAAGGGUAAAAAAAAGGAUCAAACCAAAAAAAAAAAAAUUGUCUUUUGCCAUUUCGACCCCCCAUGGCCAGCUAAAGAAUUCAUAUCAGUGGGAGCAACAUCUGUGCCCCCACUAAGCAGAAAGAAAAAAGCUUCAAGUCUGCACGGCAUUAGUUUCUGAAUGAAUAUUUAUAGCUGAGCCUACUUAAAGAGGGACCAGCCUCGUCGUGGUGAUUAAUUAGAGGACACCUCUGAUCGUUCACCUCUAACGUGACACGUUUCCUCCCAGUUAUACGAUCAACGUUGUGCACAUAUAAUUCCCACUUUAAAACCCUAUACAUAGAAUAGAGGGUUGUCGAUACAUAAGCAUCAAGUGAAAAACCCAAAAGAAUGAACAUUAUGGAAGACAUAACGGCUUUCACUUCUCAAUUGGCCUCAAUGGGGUACCUUGAAAUCUUUAUAGCAAUCUUCUGCUUUCUAGUGUUCUGUCUCUGGGCUUUAGGACAUAGUAAUAAAAAUGGCCUACCAAGAAAUUACCCAUUUGUUGGGAUGUUUCCAACCCUUAUUCUAAAUCUUCAUAGAAUCCAUGAAAUGAUUCUAGAAAUUCUUUCAAAAACCGGGGGUACUUUCUUGCUGAAAGGCCUUUGGUUUACUAAUCUGAACUUUCUUGCCACAGUGGAUCCCGCAAAUGUGCACUAUAUCAUGAGUGAAAAUUUUCCGAAUUUUUCGAAAGGGCCAGAAUUCAAGAAAAUUUUCCACGUUUUAGGCGAUGGAAUUUUCAAUGCCGACUUUGAUUUGUGGAAGGAUCAGAGGAAACUCGCUAGAGAAAUGGUCAUUCAUCAUAGAUUCCGCAAGUGUUUGAAAAAAACCAGCUGGGACAAGGUUGAAAAUGGCCUGAUUCCGGUCCUCGAAUUUGUGGCCAAAGAAGGCAGAGUUAUUGAUUUGCAAGAUGUUUUCAAGAGAUUAACAUUUGAUACAACAUUUAAAUUAGUCUUGGGAUUUGAUCCUGGCUGCCUCUCACUUGACCUCCCUGACAUUUCCUUCUUGAAAGUCAUGGAUGAUGUUCCUUACGUUGGAUUCAUACGCUAUAUAUUGCCCGAAAGCAUCUGGAAGUUGCAAAAAUGGCUUGGAAUUGGGCCCGAAAAUAAACUAGGCAAAGCAGAGGAAGUCAUUGACCAAGUUCUAGUCAAGCAUAUAUCGAUGAAACGUGAUGAAUUGAGCAGAGGAGCAAAAACUAAGGAAGAUGAAGAUGGUUUCGACUUAUUAACAUCAUACAUACUACUCAAUGACGGAGAAACAAAAACAAGGUUGAAGUUUGAUGAUAAGUUCUUGAGGGACACCGUAUUUAACUUCAUUAUCGCGGGGCGUGAUGGAGUUAGUUCUUGCCUUACUUGGUUCACUUGGCUUGUUUUCACACACCCUGAGGUUGAAAAGAACAUAAGGGAAGAACUUAAGGUGAUCAUCCCGGAGAAAGAGAGGGGAAAACAAAGGCUUUUUUCGGCAGAAGAGUUGGGAAUUGUUGUUUAUUUACAUGCUGCAUUGUGUGAAACGCUAAGGCUAUAUCCCCCUAUUGUUUUCCAGCAUAAGACUCCACAAGAACCUGAUAUUCUCCCAAGUGGUCAUCAUGUUCAUCCGAAGCAGAGAGUGAUAAUUAAUAUGUACGCAAUGGGGAGGAUGGAAUUCAUUUGGGGAACAGAUGCCUUAGAAUUCAAGCCAGAGAGAUGGAUUUCGGAUCGUGGAAUACUGAAACAUGAGCCAUCUUACAAGUUCUUUGCUUUCAAUGCAGGGCCAAGGACUUGCAUAGGAAAAGAAGUGGCUUUUACCCAAAUGAAAGUUAUGGCUGCUGCUAUCAUCCAUAAUUACCAGAUUGAAAUGGUGAAAGGUCAUGUUGUUUACCCCAAUUAUUCCAUCUUCCUCCACAUGAAACAUGGUUUUAAUGCUAGGGUUAAGAAGAGGUGGGCAUAUUAGUUACGGGUUCGGACGAACUCAGUAAUUUUUUCCUUAGAUCUUUUAUUUGUAUUUAAAAAUUUAAUAUGAAUAAAUAUUGAAUUGUGAAUCUAGCUAGUAACUAAGACGAGCUAUGGAUUCAAUGGCGUGCAGUUCAAAACUCAUAAACUUCAAAUCCUGACUCCGCCUCUGUCCUCUGGGUAUACUUUUUGUUUUUGCUUACAAGUGCAUGCGAUAUAUGGCUAGCAUAUGCAGAUCUUGAGUUAAGUUUCAUGGGUUUAACCUUUAACAUAUUUAGCAUUGGAUCCAUUGUAUUUUUAAAUUAUGAGUUUAUACAUGCUAUUUUGGUGGAUUUUUCCACUUAAUUAA